AAAAAGAAAAGGAAAAAAAAAAGAAGAAGAAGAAGAAGAAGAAAGCUCUCCUCCAUUUGCAAGCCGCCACAUCUCGUCGCUCCCUAUCGUUUCUGCCGCACCGAGAUGACGACGCCGGCCAACUCCACCGCCUUCUCCGGCGAGGUGUGGGCGGAGCUCCGCCUGGCCGACGCAAGCGACGUUCCCCACAUCCACGCCCUCAUCCACCAGAUGGCGGAGUUCGAGCUCCUCACCGACCUCUUCGCCGCCACCCACGAGCUCCUCACCUCCACGCUCUUCCCCUCGCCACCGCGCCCUCCCCUCACCUCGUUCACCGCCCUCAUCCUCGACCUCUCCCCGUCCCCGCUCCCCGCCUCGGCCGACUCCACCAUCGGCUCCUGCCGCCUCGACCUCUCCGCGUCCCCGCUCGCCGACCCGGAGGCCGCCGCCUUCGCCUCCCCGCGCGGCGGCGGGCGCGUCACCGCAGGGUUCGUGAUCUGCUUCCCCAACUACUCCACCUUCCUCUCCAAGCCCGGGCUGUACGUGGAGGACAUCUUCGUCCGCGCGCCGUGGCGCCGCCGCGGGCUCGGCCGGAUGAUGCUGUCCGCCGUGGCCGGCAAGGCGGCCGAGCUCGGGAUGGGGCGCGUCGAGUGGUGCGUGCUGGACUGGAACAAGAACGCCAUCGACUUCUACGAAGGGAUGGGAGCAGAGGUGCUCCCGCAGUGGCGCAUCUGCCGGCUCACCGGCGCUGCACUCGACAAGUACAAGGGGGGCCAGGAGGAGAGCGGCAAGGCGGCGGCGGAAUAGAUCGGCAUGGAUGGAAAGGUUGCUUCUUGGUUGUCCAGUCUGCAGUCUGUGAGUGAUUAGUAAUAAAGCCAUGGAUCAAUUCUAAUUCAUGUUCAUUUGUCUCCUGAAUCAUUGAUGCGUCCACCGGGAAUGCAAAAUCGAAAAACUGAAAAGGUACAGUAAAUGCUCUAAUGGGUUAUGAAUUCCUUAGCUGGGUAAUGUAGUGUAGUUUAAAGAUGAACAAAAAUAUAAGUGCUACAUGCUACUGACCUACUACUUCCUACAUUUUUUUCAUAUCAUCUAACCAUAACAUGUAUUUUGAUUAAUAACUGCGUAUAUGUAACAACUCCUGAGAAUUGUUGAACUUUUUUACAAGAACGAACUGGAAUCUACAUUGUUUCUAGGAACAUGUAAUUUCUUUCCAGUUUGAGUUUCUGAAGCGAGCUCUUUCUGCAAACUGUGGUGAGUAUAUAAUACUAUCGUGCUAGCUCGAUUAGCUUAUUCAUUUACUGGAUCACAGCCAUCGACCUCUGUUUGAUGAAUUGUAUUGCCUGAAUGAUUGAAUCAGAGGUAUAUUGCGUAAGGCCUCGAUGCAAGCUGUUUGUUCUUGUUCCAUGUUCCAUCAAGAAGUCAGAUUGGUCUCAUCAAAAAAAGAAAAAAAAGAAGUCAGAUUGGUUGCAACACUUCAAUAUCCAAUUGAUGGCAGCAUAAGGUGUAUGUAAAAGUCAUCAGCAAUUUUUUUUUUUUUUGCAACAACACUCUAUAAUGUACAGA